AUGCAACUCGCACUGCUGCUGUCGGCUCUGGCUCUGCUGGCUCGGCCCUUUGCCGAAGCCUCCAGUGACCUGGCAUACUGCGCAACUGAAAACACUGGAUCUUCCUUUUCGGCUGUUUCCGACACUUAUCAGUCCAAUGGAGCUUGUGAGGAGACUUGCGCCGACUAUGCCCUCGGUAUCCUGCAGGGAAAGAAAUGUUGGUGCUCCAAUGUGGCACCCUCCUCCUCCUCUCGCAAGAACACUUCCGAGUGCUCAACUGGCUGCCCGGGUUACCCAGAUGAUAGCUGUGGUAGUGCCUCCAAGGGUGUUUGGGCUUAUGUGAAGAUCUCUGGUAACUCGAUUACCAGCACCGAGAGUGGCGGUAGCUCCAGCACUACUUCGUCGACUUCGGAAAGCACUAGCAGCACUUCAUCAUCGACUGGAACUUCCACAAACUCUACACAAACUGUAUUAUCUGGACACCCGAAAAUUGAUAUCAAGUCGUCCACCACAUCCGAGUCCACGACUACUACCGGAAACGUUGUCAAGGAGACCACCUCGGCUGGCCAGGUCAAGACUAUCACAGUUUCCGCCGCUAGCCAGACAGGUGCCCAGGAUUCUUCCUCAGCCAACACUGCGGCAUCCAACAGCAACAAGUUGAGUGGCGGCUCCAUUGCUGGUAUCGUCAUUGGUGUGAUCGGUGGUCUUGCUCUUGUCGGUGCCCUGGUCUUCCUGGUCUUCUUCUACCGCAAGCGUGCCCGCUCGGCCAGCCCUAUCCCCAGCACGGCCGAUAUGACCGAGAACCGAAAUAGCCAAGCCUCCAGCUUCGCUCGUGGUGUCUUCUCGCAAGGCCACUCCCAUGACUUGUCCGGAUCUUCAAGCUUGGGACGCAAACACACCUUCACCGACAAUCGGAUGAAAACCGAUAUCUACCCCAACGGUCCUCGGGAUAGCAGUGUGUCCCUCCAGGAUAACGAGGACUACUCGCGCCCCGUUCUUCGGCUCACCAACCCCGACUAA